AGCUACCAGAGGGCGCACCUGAGCAGGGCAGUAGGCACAGUGCGCUCAACCCGGUGUCACCACCGCCUCGCUGCGGCCUUAUCAAGCUCAGACCUGUGUUUGAUUUUUUAAAUCUGCCAAGCGUUUACAACAUGGGUGAUCCAUACCCGUAUCCGGUUUUCUUCGAGUGCCCCAGCCUGGACGGAGAGCAGCGGAAGAAGAUACAAAACUAUUUCAACAUUCGCCGUAAAUCUGGAGGAGGAGACUGUGGUUCAGUCACGAAUAUAAAGGAUAAAGUUUACAGCAUUGCUUUUAAAGAGCGUGAAGCUCAGCAAAGAGUCCUGCAGAGAUGUAAACAUAUGUUGGAGUUUGCAGGUGGUCCUCUGGAGCUGACUGUGCGAGACAGCCCAGGACCUCACAGCUCCUCUCCCAUCACCACCUCGUCUCCAGGCCAGUCAGUUAGUGCAAGACUGGGCUUAACCUCAUCACAGCAGAAACAGCAGUCUGUUCUUGGUUCAAGCCUGCCACCAAGUGGUGAAUAUGAACUACAACCUGAUGCAUACCUCCUUCGCUACUUAAAGGAAUGUGCCCAGGCCCAGAAGGAACUAGAGAAAGAACUUGCCUCUCUGGCCUGCUCUCUCAGCUUACACCCAGAGGAGGGAAGGGUUUUAGUCAGGAGUUUAGCUCAACCUGGUGCUGCAGGUGAAGGUAGAAACUGGAGAGCUGAGGUAGACAAACUCUUUAAUGGCUACCUGUGCCAUUAUGAGGUGGACCCUCACAAAGUCAAAGCUUUGCUUCAGUCCUGCAGCUCUGGUCAGACCACAGAUGAGGUGAAGGUGUACAGUGAGGGGGGGGUAGUUGUUGUGGUUGGGAAAAGUUCUCAGGUGAAUGGCAGGUUGAGGGAUAUAAAGGACUUCACUGUUAAACGUCAAGGGUCACGUUUAAGUGAAAAGCAAACCACUGUUCGUCGUUUGGGUGAGGCCAAACUCUGUCUCCUCUGGAAAGAGAUUGAACAUGGUUUGGGACAGAAUUUUCCAGGAGUUAAAGUCACACAGGGAGAGGCAGGUCAGGUAGUUCUGGAAGGUUCUGUGGAAGAUAUUCUUGAGGCUGGAGAUUGGAUCUCCAAUAAGGAGAGUUUGGUGUUAGAAAGGACGGUUUCUAACAUGAGGCCACAUCUUUUGGCCUUCCUAAGGAAAGUUUAUGGAGGUCCAAGGGUUCUAGCUGAUGUUUUAGGGCAUGGUUACAAGGUGGAAGUAGACUUACGAGAUACAGAGCUACGUUUCUAUUCCCUCUCUGCUGAUGAACUGGAUGAGACAGAAAAAAAGAUACAAGAAAAGUUUAAAGAAGUCAAGAUUGAUCUACCUAUCAGCUCUGCUGGUCCAUCUGAGCUUCGGGAAAAGCUGAAGUCCAAGACAAAUGAGAUGAACCAGGGACAAUGUAGGGCUCAGGUCCUGUUUGGCUCAGACAGCACAGUCUGCUUAUUGGGCCACACCAAAGAGGUUGAAGAUCUAAGUGAAACUGUCACUCAGUUUAUUUUGGACCAUGCAAACAUAGAAGGCAAAGUCACUCUCCGUUUCCCAGAGUUAGUACAACUCUUACCAGAACUGCUGCAGGUGCAUAAGUUUGACUGUUCAGGGGUUACCCUCCAUCCUUUAACCUCUUCCUCUGGGCCUAUGGUGGUGCUGCAAGGUCCAUCCAGCAAGGUCACUGAGGUCAGGAACAGGCUGGGUCCAUUUCUAGACUCCUUGGUCCAGGGCAGAGUCACCAUUAACCUGCCAGGUGCAGUAAGGUAUUUUGAAAGUCCCUCUGGAAGAGAGAACAUUUUAAAAGUUGCUCUUUCUCAGAAGUGUCUUAUACAGCUUCAAAAACAACCUCACGCUACUAGAGAGAAUUUGGUAUCUUUUGCAAGAUUGAGUAAUGGAGGGGCAACAGUUGCUAGGUACAGCUUUCGUGAUGGGCUCCAAGUGCUGGUGUGUCAGGGUGACAUCACCCAACAGGAAGCUGAUGCCCUCGUUAAUGCUGCUAAUGAAGAUCUGGACCAUGGCGGAGGUGUAGCUGCUGCACUGAGUAAAGCAGGCGGUCCUGAAAUACAGAGGGAGAGCAAAGCCUUGGUAAAGUACACUGGGAAAAUUCGUACAGGUGAUGUAGUAGUGACCACAGGGGGGAACCUAAAGUGCAAGAAACUGCUGCAUGCUGUUGGACCUGUAGCUGGAAAAGCAGGUGGCAGAGAAAGGUCCUUGCUAGAAAAAGUUGCAUAUUCUGCUCUGAAUUUGGCAGAAAUGAUGGAGCUUAAGUCUAUAGCCAUUCCCUGCAUCAGCUCAGGUGUGUUUGGUGUUCCUGUCACUGUUUGCUCUGAAGCUAUUGUGACUGCCAUAAAAGUGUUUACUAGUCAGGGAGGACGAAGUCUAAGCAGAAUCAUCCUGAUUGAUAAAAGAGGAGAGGUGGUGAGGGCCAUGCAGGAAGCUUGUGACAAGAUUCUCCAAGGGAUAAGUAUCAGAAACAGUACGCCAAGUGAUUUUGGGUUCCCGAUGGAUGCUGCUGCCCAAGACACAGCCAGAGGAGCCACUGCGGGAGCUCCUGGAGAUGGUGUCCAUGUUGAGAUUGUUCAGGGAACCAUCGAGACCCAGCAGGUGGAUGCCCUGGUAUCUCCUAUGGUUGGUCAUAAUCCUCUCUCUACCCGCGUUGGAAACGUUUUGUCGAAUGUGGUGGGACCUCAGCUGUCUGCCACAUUUCAUAAAGAUGCAGGAGGAGCAACGCUGCCUGGUGACAUAGUCCUUGUGGAGGGCUUGCCUGCACUGCAAUCUAAAGCAGUGAUCUUCCUCAAUCUUCUUUCCUGGGAUAAUAACCAACAUGGAAGUGCAAUCCAGGCUCUGAGACAGGCCAUAAGAAAAGUUCUGGCUUCUUGUGCGAUCAGAGGUUUUAGUUCAGUUGCUCUCCCUGUGCUUGGGACCGGAGCUGUCCUGCGUUUUCCUCACAGCAUGGUAUCCAAGGUUCUUCUGGAGGAGGUCAAUUUUUUUGCACAGAACCGAGCCACCAGAUCACCUUUCCUGGUCCGUGUUGUCAUUCACCCCAAUGACAGAGAAUCUAGCAAGGCCUUCCAGUCUGCUCAGGGAACUUUGCAUCUCAGAGGAUUCACAAAUGAUUCAAACCCAGAUCAAGCUCCCUUUUACCGCCAUGUCUCUGAAACUAAUACUGAGGUCACAGCCAUGCUGGGUGGAGUCAAACUUCAGAUGGUCAGUGGUAACAUCGUAAAUGAGGGCACCGAUGUCAUUGUCAACACAACUGACUUCUCCAGCAACCAAUCUGGUGUCUCCAAAGCCAUUCUGACUGCAGCAGGGCCUACUGUUCAAGCAGCGUUAGCACAAGUGGGCAUUCCAACAGACUAUAUGUGCACCACAGGACCUGGGAUGCUUGGGUGUAGAGAGAUCAUCCAUGCUAGUUUCAGGGGUGAUCCUCAGUUGAUUCGGAAGAACUGUAAAAAGAUACUGAGGCAGUGUGAGAGCAAAGGCUACCACUCAGUAGCCUUCCCAGCCAUCAAUACUGGUGCGGCUGGUAUGAACUCUGUUAAAGCUUGUAAAGCCAUGCUGGAUGGCAUGGCGAUGGCUAUCACAGACUUGAAACCAAAUUUCCUCUCAGUUAUCCGCAUUGUCAUCCUGCAACAACCUGUCUUCCAGGCUUUCAGAUCAGAGCUGGAGAAUCGCUUUGGACAAAUUGCCCCUUGUCGCCUUAGCCUAAAAGAAAAAGCUAAACAGCAGCUCAAGAAGUGGCAAGAAAAGCGUUCAAGAACAUCAACAACUUCAGCACCACAAGACAAAACCAUCAUCUCCUCAAAACCAGACCCGGCUGUAAUAAGUGUGAUUUGUUGUGGUCUAGACAUCAUGCAGAUCAUCAAGAGAGAUUUGGAGGAGAUCCUCCAGAAGCAGCUGGUAGAGAGAGAGGUGAAAGUGGACGAUGUUUCCAGACUUGAUGACAUGGAGCUGGAGGCAGUGCAAGCAAAAGUCAGAGUCUUAGGAAUAAGUCUUGAACACAGGAGAGGUCCAGGCUCUCAAAGCGUGAAUGGCAACAGAGCAGCAAACACAGCUAGAACUGAAGCCAGAGAUCGGUCAGGGUCAAGAGAAGAGGUGUAUGUGCUGAGAGGCCUGAAAGAGGAUGUUUUGAGUGUUACUGAACUCAUAACCAGAGCAGUCCAUGAAGCACUUUAUGAGGAAAAAGAAGCAAUGUUGGCUCUUAACGUCCAGUGGUCGAUUCAAGAUGUACAUGGAGACUGGAAUGAACUGAGCCUAGCAGAGAACUCUGUGCUGGAGAAUGCUCACCUGAAUAACCAAAUGCUUGUAGAUGUGACGGCACCAGACGGAGUGACAGUGAAAGUAAACUUGGGGUCAAAAGAUGCCACAAAUAAUCUGACAGGGUUCACACACAAAGUGAAAAGGAGCGAAACUGGGUCAGCCUUAGAGUUGCCACAACAAUGGGAACCUAUGCACAACGAAGUCUUUAAAAAGGUGGAGCUACAACCUAACUCACAAGAGUAUCAGGUCGUGGCCCAAGGUUUCCUCAAAACAGCUAAAUAUAACAUUCAAAAGAUUGAACGUGUACAAAACUUCUACCUAUGGCAUGCCUAUAGUGUGUGUAGGCAGCGUAUAUUUGCCAAGAAUGGUCCAGCAGAACUUGGGGAGAAGUCUCUCUACCAUGGCACAUCGGCAGAAGCAUGCAGCUGCAUUGAAAAGGACAGAUUUGACAGGAGCUUCGCAGGAAAACAUGCUGCUGCGUAUGGAAAUGGAGUUUACUUUGCUGUCAAUGCAGACUAUUCGGCCAGAAAGUUUUCCCCACCAGAUGCAUCAGGCCUGAAGAGGCUGUAUGUUGCUCGUGUUCUGACCGGCCGAUACACGGUCGGUAAGUCUGGCAUGAAAGCCACCCCUCCUCGUGGCACAGACCCCACUGACUGCUUUGACAGUUUAGUGAACAACCUGCAGCAGCCCUCCAUGUUUGUGGUCUUCCAUGAUGACCAGGCCUACCCAGAAUACCUCAUCACUUUCAAAUAAGGAAAACUGAGAAAAAGUCAUGGCUCAGGUGGUGUGACAAUGGUCCUUAACAGUGAUAAACAUAGAAUGUUCCAUAAAUUUGUACAUUUACUUAAUGUUUUUUUUCCAGUUCUGAUUUUGAACUGUGUCAAUUUCUCAGCAAGAUAGAAACACAUCAGUGUAUAACAAAACCUAAUUAGGCCAAUAACUUUGGCAAAGACUGUUCUGUAAGAUUUACUGUAUUUUCAUAUUUUAAUCUUUGAUGUCAAAAAGUUCUGAUACCAGUUAUAAGUUUACACAUUUAGCAUUGUGUUAUCAGUAUACAGAUUUUAACAAAUGUUUCUAUUUUUUAGCAUUAUUCAUCCAAUUAACCUAGUUUUACAUUAUGUUACAGAUGAUGUAUCAUAAUAUAAUAUAAUAUUACAUGUUCAUAGUGUGUAGAGCAAACCAAUUCUUUUAUUCUAUAAAUUAAAUUGUAACUAGGGUUGAAACCAGCCUGGCCAUGGUAACUGAUUUAUGAAAAAUGGCAUAAAUUUAGGGGCAUAAGGGAGUCUGCUGUAAGUUACUUGCAAGUGAAAAGUAAAAAAAAAAAAAAAGUUUUCACUCUACAAUGAAGAUUGUGUGACAGAGAAAUCCAAGUAUCUUCGCACAUCCUGAAUGUAAAGAGGAUUUUUCUUUGACAAUGCAAGAGAAUUCUGAAUAAAUAUGAAGAUUAUUUGAAUAUGAAGAUAAAUUAAAAAAAUAAACAUGAAGAUAAUUCACAUAAUAUUUGUAUAUGAAAAACACAAUUACACAAGAUUCUAAGUACUUGAUAACAAUGCAAAUCAAUAAGAUAAUAAAAGGAAGACUUGUUAAUGAGA